AUGGGCUGCGGCUCCAGUGCGCAAAAUGCCGAUGCACAUGCCUCCAACCAAGAGGUAAAGGCCCUCUCCAUCGGCAUGAAGACGCGCUUCGCCGCCAUCGACCCAGAGGUGCUCGGACCUUACAAGGAGGACGCGACGGCAAAGCUGGUUUUCAUGUACGGCAAGACAGCGAGUAUCUUCCUGCUGAUCACCCCGCCCUUCCACAAGCCGUGCCCUCACUCAAACCCAGAGGGCGAAGAGAGCAGCACUGAGGAAGGCGAGAAGAAGGCGCCGGCGGUGGAGGAGGCUCGCUGGACCAUUUUCAACGAUAGCAAGAGCGACGCCACAGUGGAGGCGACCUUCUUCCACGCAGAGGCGCUACGCGCGGCGCGCGCGCACGGGGCUGCAGAGGAUGCGGCGAGUCCCGUACAACUCGAACCUCUCGACAACGGUCGCGUGAAGGCGGAGGUGGCCGUGCCGGCAGGUGCCACUGUAGCCUUCGUGGAGGGACCCAUUAAGGGGUACAUGUGGAGGUGCUCGGUUCUCGACUUCAAGACGGGCAGAUUCGAGCCUGCCGUUGCUGCGGCGUGA